AUGACAGCCGAUGAAGAAGAAUUUCCACAAACUUAUAAUGAAUUUAGAAGUGAUACAUUUACAACUCCAACAUAUGGAAUGAUUGAACAAGGAUUUACAAAUGCAACAUUUGGAGAUUCAGUAUAUUGUGAAGAUCAAACCACUUUGAAAUUAGAAAAAAUAAUGUGUGAAAUAACAGGUAAAGAAGCUGCAUUAUUUUGUUGCUCAGGUACAAUGUCAAAUCAAAUUGGUAUAAGAGCUAAUUUAUUUCAACCACCAUAUUCAGUGUUGUGUGAUUACAGAGCUCAUAUAUUCCUACAUGAGGCGGGUGGAUUAGCUACCUCUUUAUGCAUGGUUCAUCCAGUCAUACCAACCAAUGGGAACUAUUUAACUUUUGAAGAUAUAAUAGAAAAUGUAACAUUAGAUGAUGGAGAUAUACAUGCAGCACCAACAAAAGUAAUAAGUUUAGAAAAUACCUUACAUGGAAUUAUAAUGCCAUUAGAAGAAAUACAAAAAAUAAGUGAAUUUUGUAAAUUACAAAAUAUCAAAUUACAUUGUGAUGGAGCAAGACUUUGGAAUGCUUCAAUAGCAACGGGAAUUUCAAUAAAAGAAUAUUGUUCAUAUUUUGAUUCAGUAUCAUUAUGUUUAUCGAAAUCAUUAGGUGCACCAAUGGGAUCAAUACUAGUUGGUGAUUCCACAUUUAUAAAAAAGGCUAACCAUUUUAAAAAACAAAAUGGUGGAGGUAUAAGGCAAAGUGGAAUAAUGGCAUCAAUGGCAAUACAUGCAAUAGAGAAUAAUUUUAAAUUAUUAACCAAAUCUCACGAGUAUGCAAAACAAAUUGAACAAUUUUGUAUACAACACAACAUUAUACUAGAGUCUCCAGUAGAUACAAAUUUUGUAUUUAUUGACUUAAAGAAAAACAAAAUGAAUGAUAAAUUAUUUAUAGAAUUAGGAGCUAAAAAAUAUAAUAUAAAAUUAAUGGGUGGUAGAAUUGCAUGUCAUUUUCAAUUAAAUCAAAAAAGUAUAGAUAAUUUGAAAAUGUGUUUGCUUGAAUGUUUUGAAUAUAAUCAAAUCAAUCCACAUGUUCCUGAUGGUAAAAAUAAUAAGAAAAUGUAUAAUUUCGAUGCUAUAAAGAGAUAA